AUGCCUACUCGUAGUAGCAAGAAGGUCAAGGAGAAAGGCAUACCUCCCAAGCAUUCGAUGUCGCCUCGUCAAUUCGCCGCGUUGACCGCCAUAUGCGACACGCUCGUAUCCUCCAUGCCGGUUCCGACGGAUUCCGACGACCCGUAUUUCCAGCUCGUCGGGAAGCGAAAGGAAGGCUCGCAGUCGUCUAGCCAAUGGAGCGAGUUUUACGGCGAGCCGCGGAAGGAAGCCAUCGCGGCGUACUUCGCGGAAUCCGCGUCUAGCCUCGGCAUCGUCGACAAGCGUCCCCUCGUUGGUCCGUGCAACCUGUGCACGCGUAGCGGCGGGUCGCGUGCUAUCAUGCUCUCCAUCCCUUGCCUUUUCGUUCCCUUGGCACCUCCUCGUCUCCGUCGCCGUGGCUGCUUCCCUUCCGUGCAGGAGGCCGUGAAAAUGCAGCAAUGGCAGAAGCCGCUGGCCCUUCGCGUAGUCACCUCCGUGAAGGCAUCACGUCUUCGCUCGCUCCAUUCCACUGCUCUGGCUCCUUUCCACUCGCCUUUGGGAAGGCAUCUCAAUACUCGCCAACUUUGCCGCCCCUUCGUUCAGGUGGCCACGACAAUGAAGCAGUGCGUGAAACCCCUGCCUCUGGCCGUCUUCAGCACGGUCCUAUGGCUGCUCUCCACGCGCCUCGGCACGCUGCUGCUGGCCGGCCGCAGGGCCUUCACCCGGCGGCCGCCGUUCGUGCAGCCCUUCGCGAAGCUGUCGCCGCAGGCUCGCGAGGCCGUGCUGCUGCAGUGGUCCGUGAGCAGCAACUUCCUGCUGCGCACCGUGUUCAAGGUGGGGAGUAGGGGAGGGGGUUGGCGAAGGCGGAUGGUGACAGUGAGAGGGAGAGCGGGGACGUUCCGCAGCUUCACGCUCUUCCACGUGGGCGCUCAGCAUGACGGCUCUGGCAAUAGCAUGCUGUGGCGCGCCAUGGGGUACUGCGGACCCGAUCCCAACAUGCUCGCUGCUGGGAAGCACCGCGGCCGAGACAGCUCAGCUGCUUGCGAUCCUGACGUGGCACAACGGCCAGCUCAACAUGCUGACAUGGCACAGCGUCCAGCUCAGCAAUCCGACAGAGGCGAAGGAGAAGCAGAGCAUGAAGAGGAGAUGAUGAGGGGAGAUGGGGAGAGUGGUGGGUGUGGGGCGAAGGGAGGCGAGGCGAGGCCACUGGACGAGGCGGUGGUGGACUGUGCAGCAGAGGGCGAGGGGCUGGCAGCAGUGCUGCAAGGGAAGGGCGUGGAGGUGCUUCCGGGGCCCAGGCAGACGAUUGGGCUGCUGGGCAGGCGAGAUGAAGGGGAAGGAGAGGUGGGUCCCUUGGGUGAGCCUGUGGUGGUGCGAUGCGAUGCGGUGGUGAUUGGUUCGGGCUGUGGAGGAGCCAUCAUUGCGGCUCAGCUCGCAGAAGCAGCAGCUGCAGCUGGUGGUGCUGGCAAUGGUGGGGAUGACAGCGGGCGGCGGAGGAAGGUGUUGGUGCUGGAAGCAGGGGGGUACUUUUUCCGCUCGGACUUGUCCCUUCUCGAAGCUCCCUCUGCUCAGAUAUGUGAGUACUCCCUGUCCUGCUCAGAUGUGAGUACUCCCUGUCCUGCUCAGAUCUACGACACAGAGAAUGGCAGCAUGCUCAACCCUCUCCCUGACCACGGAGGAUGGCGGGGUGGCGCUGCUGGCAAGUGGCCUCCUAGUCUACCUUGUCGUCCUCCCUCUUGUUUCCCUCCCUCUCCUGGCUCCCGCAGGCACGACACACAUGAGCAGUACGACACGCAGGGCUUUCUCACCACGGAGGAUGGCGGGGUGGCGCUUCUGGCAGGGAGAACAGUGGGAGGCGGCAGUGCUGUCAACUGGUCUGCAUCCUUCCGCACACCGCCCCACGUCACCAAGGAGUGGGCCGGCGAGUAUGGGCUCAAGCAAUUUGAGUCGCCGGAGUAUGCAGCAGCCAUGGAUGCCGUUUGUGAGAAGAUUCAGGUCACAGCAGACGAGACCCUCACCCCGCACAGCCUGAGCAACGCAGCGCUCAAGGCGGGGUGCGCGGCUCUGGGCUGCCACCAUGCCGUCACCCCCCGCAACACCAACCAGCCGCACCCCUGCGCCUGGUGCACCUUUGGCUGUUGGUCAGGCGAGAAGCAGUCGAUGCUGGAAACCUGGUUACCAGACGCUGUUACACACGGCGCCAUCAUCCUCUCCCGCUGCGCCGCCCUCCGCCUCCUCCUCUCCCCCAACCGCCCAGCCAGCACCACCCCUGGUGCCACAAGCAGCAGCGCGGCUGCUGGCGUGAGGCGGAGGAAGCGGGUGGUGGGGGUGGAGGCGAGAGUAGAGCAGCAGGGCGUGUGGCAGAGAGUUGUGGUGGAGGCCAACUUGGUUGUUGUGGCGUUGGCCUCACCAACACUGCAAUCCGCCCCUCGCUGCGCCUUUGGCUUCUUUCCUUCUUGCCCCCACUGCUCCCCUUCCCUACUCCCCCGCCCCCCCACCAGCCUGCACACGCCGCCAAUGUUACUCGCCAGUGGUCUCACCAACCCCGCCAUCGGCGCCUCGCUGCGUCUGCACCCCGUCACCUCCGCGGGGGGUUUCUUUCCCGAGACCUUCCCCUUUGUUUCCCCGUUAACCCCCUCUCUCCUCCACACGCCUCCUCUACUGCUCGCCAGUGGUCUCACCAACCGAGCCAUCGGCGCCUCACUGCGCCUGCACCCCGUCACCUCCGCCUGGGGCUUCUUCCCCGAAACCGCCCCCUCCCUGCCGCCGUCGCUGCCCGCGGGCCCGGGCUAUCUGGGGCCAAUCAUGAGCGUCAACUCGAGGGAGACGGCUAACUGGGAGACAAGUGGAUAUGGUGCCAUGAUUCAGACCCCCACGAUACACCCGGGUCUGCUAGGCUGCGCCAUACCCUGGCUGGGCAGUCAGACCAUCAAGCAGUCAGCAGUGCGCUUCGACCGCAUUGCCUCGCUCAUCUCCAUCGUCAGGGACCGCGGGCGUGGCACUGUGCGCGUGGACGGCAGCGGCCGGCCUGUAGUGACGUACCGGUUGUGCAAGGAGGACCAAAAGAGCAUGCAGGAGGCCCUGCUGCUGUCGACUUUUGGGUCGACUCAAAACACGUCUCUCCCCGUCUCCCUCUCCUUGUUCCCCGAUGCGCUAUUCAUGUCCUGCUAUAUUCAUCACCAGGAGGCCCUGCUGCUGUCGCUGCGCAUCCUUAGGGCAGCGGGAGCUGUGGAGGUGGGCACGCUUCACCAGUCCCUCAAGCCCUUCCGCUGCCUCAUCCCACCCACCGUUGACGCCGACACAGCUGAUGAAAACCUGCUGGCAGCGAAAGCCAAAUUGAAAGGCAGCAUUAGCUUGGAGGGGAUGGAUGGGUGGCAAUGCACGUCUGAUACGGAGUUUGAGGCGUACUUGAAAUCCGUGGUUGCAGCGGGCUUUAAGCUGAAUGAUUGCACAUUGUUCUCCGCGCACCAGACCGGCAGCUGCCCCAUGGGUACUUCCCCUAAGAACUCUGUUGUGGAUGAGAAUGGGGAGAGUUGGGAAGUGUCUGGGUUGUUUGUGGGCGAUGGGAGUGUGUUUCCCGACGCCUGUGGGAGUGAAUCCUAUGGUGUCUAUUGA